CUCCGGAGAGAGAAGCCACUCCUCACCUGAUGCUGCAGGUGCAGCCACAGGUGAACGGCCUUCCCCAAAUCUCUCCUCCUGCCUCUCCUGCCCGGAGCCCAUGGCGGAGGAGAAGACCUUCAGCUAUGGGUUCAUCAUCUUGGGUUUCUUCCUGGUGAUGGUGGGGAUGUUCAUCAUGAGCGUGGACAAGCCCCAGUACUACAUCACCUUCUGCGUCCUGGGUGUCCUGCUCGUGGCUGUGGGCAUCACAUGGAGCAUGUGCCAGUGCUACCCAAAGAUAACGUUCAUCCCUGUGGACCUCGAGGCUGAGAGAUUCCUGGACCAGAAAUCCACGGUGCUGCCACAGAAGGACACAGGCUUGAUUUCCCCCUGCCCCAACCAAGAGGCCACCAGCAGCUACGAGAAGAGCCUGCCAUCCUACGAGCAGAUCCAGAGGCAGGGGGCCAGCUCAGCUCCGCUCCCAGCCGCGGCACAGCCUAGAGCCCGCAGCUGCUCCCAGUCGGCCGUGCAGGCCAGAGCAGAGAUCCACCGGGAGCUGGGGGGCGCUGGAGACCCCUCCCAGGGCCUGGCACCUCGCCUGGAAGCAGCAGCAGGCAGCUGCAGCCCCGCCCGGCCAGCCCCGGGGGACGCCCCGCUGGCCUCCCUGCUGGAGGAGAUGGACACGCCAUCGCUGGAGGGCUCCGUGCCCGGCAGCCCCGCUCCGCAGAGCCGGACCCUGCCCUCCGCCACCCCGAGAACCUCCCCGGAGAGGGGAGAGCACCCCCGAUCCCCCUGGAAAGGCCCUGCCGAGGAGGAUGACCUCUACUACGGGCUCCAGGAGGAGCCGGAUGCUCUGCUCAGGGAGAGUGAUGGACUUUUCGAGCCUGAAAACUGAUUUCCUGGGAAGAAUGGCCACUCGGCGUGGACUCACCUCAUGGAGGGGACACACAGGUCACAGCCCGGAGGAAAGGGGGCUGUGCCCAGAAGUGCAAUGAUCCCAGCCUCCUGCCUGCCCCUGUGCCAAGCUGCAGCCCCUGUGCACACCCAGCCACUCAGGAGGCUGUCAUUUCCCCCAAACCCAAAGGGGGUACACCCAGCUCCAGAAUUCAACAGAAUAUGGGACAAGGCCCCCUUGCCAAAGGCAUUUGGGUGGGCACAGAGAAGCUGAGCUGGGCAUAAAUACUGUGCUUGGGAAGGGAAAGGAUUGGCUGUGCUGUUUGGAACAGGAUCAGGUUUAGGUAGGCAGAACAUGCUCUAUGCAGAUGGGUCUUACCAGGCAGAGAUGCCCUCAAAGUCUUUUUCCCCCUUACCCAAGCUCUGCUGAAAUUAAAAUUCCAUCCUGAGUCUCCUGCAGCGGGCAGCCUUCAUAUCUCCAGCUUGGGAGAGGGGUGAUGGAGGUGACAGAUUGUGCUGUCCCCUGUCUCCUGCACAAGGACCAGCUUCCAGCACUCUUGGGAGCACAGAGAGGAGGACACAGCUGAGCCAAAACCCUGAUGAUGGCACUUGAGGUGGUGGCUUUGCACAUUGUCUGCUGGGUCAGUGUUAGAGCUGCAGGUGGGUUUGCAGGCUGGCACCCACCGUCCCCAAACUUCCUGUGAAUAAUAAGUGUUUGUUCCAAACCACGUGGAUGGAUCUCAGCCUGGUUUGUCACCAUGACAGGGACAGCACAAGGGCUCUCCACAGCCUGUCUGCAGCACACAGGGGUGGCAGUGCUGGUGGCAGCCACAGCCCUUGGCUGCUGGGGGCUGCGGGGUUCUGCAGGGCUGAGCCUCCCCAGGGCAGCUGGGUUUGGGCCAAAGCCUCAGUGGAUCCAACAGCACGGGGAUGCUGAGAGUCCCUUGCUGUGUUUUGGGAAAGCUGGGCUGGAUCUGCCUGUGCAGAUCUGCCUGUCCCAGGAGGCUUGGGAGCUCAUGUCUGCUGGCAGAGGAGCGCUUCAGCAAAUUCCAUAGAGUCACAGAACUGAGUUGGAAGGGAGCUUAAAAAUACUGCAGUUCCAACCCUCCAAGCACAAAAGUGGGGGAAAGCUGUCCUCCAGCACCCGAGGGGGAGCGGGCAUGAGAGCCCUGGGAGGAUGUUCCUGUGCUCCCUUGCCACCUUUGCUGUUUUGUGUGUUUUAUGUGCUUUGCUGGUGGAGUGCAGGAUGUGCAAGAAAAGGCUGUACCUGAGGGGUCACAGCCCUGUGACACCCCUGCUGCUGUUCCUGCACCCUUGGCUCACCUUGGUGUCCCCAAAGCAGCCAGGGAGAAGGGCAGGGAGCACCUACGCACUUGGGUUGUUUAUAGCCAACAGGAGGGUGGGGAGUGAAGGCUGCAGUGUUGGCUAAACACUGUCACAGGACUGUGAGAUGCUCUGCAGGAGGAAGCAUUACCAGAUGGAGUGCAUGGACUCAGCUCCUGCUUGUCCUUUCCAGUGUGGGGGGUGUGGUGGCUCUGGGAAUGCUGUUUGGUCGCGGCCAUGUCUCACUGAGUUUCAGAGGGUGCCUGGGGCGGGAUGUCACUCUGUGUCACUGCUCCUGUGGAGUGUGGGGAUCUGGUAGAGACCCAGAAGCUUUCACCUAUAGAACCUCAGAAUGUUUGGGCUGGGAAAGGACCUUGAAGAGCAUCUUGUUCUCAGCCCCCUGCCAUGGGCAGGGACACCUUCCACUAGACCAGGUUGCUCCAAGGUCCGUCCAGCCUGGCCUUGAGUGUUCCCAAGGAUGGGACAUCCACAGCUUCCCUGGGAAAACUGUGCCAGGGCUUCACAGUCCAAAGCCCCUCCCUGCCCUCCUGUAGUCUCUGUGCUGGAAGGGGCUCUAAGGUCUUUCUGGAGCCUUCUCUUCUCCAGGAAGAACACUCUCUCAGAAUUUCCUCACAGAAGUGAUUCCUGCCUCAUGCCUUGGCACCCGCUUUCAUUUUUGGCAAAAUAA